GAAUGUGAAGCAUUUCAUUUUUUCGUGUCAACUUCCGGUUGGGUGGGAAGCAGCUGCUGGAAACAGUGAAUAACAGUGCCCGAGGACAUAUUUAAAAUAUUGUAUUUGUUUUUGUACAGUUUUGCUUUAACCAGCAAGAAAAUGUCAAAGUCUUUGAAGAAGAUAGUGGAGGAGACUAGGGAUAAAAAUCUUACCGAGGUGGACAUGUGUGACAGGGGGAUAUCCAACAUGCUGGACAUUUCCGGCUUAUUCACAUUGUCCAACAUAACUCAACUAGUCUUGAGCCACAACAAGCUGACGACCGUACCUCCAAACAUUGCCGACCUUAAGAACGUGGAGGUGCUGAACAUGUUCAACAAUCAGAUAGAAGAGCUUCCCACUCAGAUCAGCAGCCUUCAGAAACUCAAGCACCUAAACCUGGGGAUGAACAGACUGAGCACAUUGCCGAGAGGCUUUGGUUCUCUCCCAGCUCUGGAGGUUCUGGACUUGACUUACAACAACCUGAAUGAGUCUUCACUGCCAGGAAACUUCUUCUAUCUUACCACCCUGCGCGCACUCUAUCUCAGUGACAACGACUUUGAAAUCCUGCCCCCAGACAUCGGCAAGCUGGCCAAGCUACAGAUACUGAGUCUGAGGGAUAAUGACCUGAUCUCUCUACCUAAAGAGAUUGGAGAUCUGUCCCAGCUGAAGGAGCUGCAUAUCCAGGGCAACAGACUGACCGUGUUGCCUCCUGAACUCGGUAAUCUGGACCUGACUGGCCCAAAGCAGGUGUUUAAGGCAGAGAGCAACCCAUGGGUAACUCCCAUAGCGGAUCAGUUCCAGCUGGGUGUCUCCCAUGUCUUUGAAUAUGUCCGCUCUGAGACCUACAAGUAUCUUUAUGGGCGACACAUGCAGGCUAAUCCUGAGGCACCGAAAAAGAGCAACGACAAAUCCAAAAAGAUCAGCCGCAAGCCCCUGGCUGCCAAGAACAAGUGAAGAUAAGAAGGGUUGAUGAAGAGCCCCGUGUCUGCCUGUCCGAGCUGGACCUCACUGCAUGUGCCUUCCCCCACUUUUCUAUUUAUUUACUGAAAGAACACACAUUUUGUAUGGUUUCUGUAUUGUGGUUUGUGUUAUACAUGUAUGGCGUCACAGUUGCCCUUGACAUGUCCCAAAGAGCCAUUAGAAUUCUCCAAUUUCUCCUCCAUCCUUCCCUACAUUAUCUACUUUACCUUGCACUUGAUUAAUUUGCUAUAAUAUAGUUUUUAUAUAGUAUUGCCUUUAUUCUCAUAAUGCUCUAUACCCAUGCAUUACUUUUAAAGCUAAUUUCUCGCACGAUAUCUUUAAAUAUUACUGCAACUCUGUAAAUUCAGCCAAGUCAUGAAAAUCACAUUUGGACAGUUUGCCAGCUCAGAUGAGAUUAGAUAUUAGAUAUUGUCAAAACAAUUUAGCUAUCAGACUAUACUUUACUGGUGCAAAAAUAUCUUAGAAAGUACUGCCUAGGCGAUGUCACCUAGAUUUUCUUCUCCUUCUAAUGAUAUUUUAGUGAAACAUUUCUAUAGUUGCUAGAUAUGCAUUGUAAUAUGCAUAUGCAUAAAAUGAAAACAUCUUCACAUAUCAUAUUUUCUCAUAUUGUUCUUACAGGCUGUUCAAAUACAAUGCAGUGAAGAAAAAAAAUAUCCUCAUACUCCACUGUUUGAUUUGAGCCAUCUAAACAAGGCACACAGCUUUCCACAACAGCAGUUUGUACACUCCAGUGCUGGGCUUGGCAGCAGGGCUGUUGCAUAAACGGUUGGGGAUUUUUGGAGGGGUUUAGCAGUCUGAGCCGAGUCUGUGCAGGAUUGUGUCCUGCCUCAGAGGACAUGUAUCUGCCUGCUCCUUCUGCCACACCUCUUGCUCUUAAUGACUCUUAUGAAUGGCUACAAACCAGAGUGUUGAAUGGUUAAACAAUUAAGACCGGUUACAAAACAACUCCAAACAAUGGAGCGCUUAUAUAAUACACUGUAUUGGUUUUCUUUUCAGCAUUGUCUGGAUGUGCAUUUGAAAGUGGUCUGUUCUGUAUCGUAUUGUUUUGACUCCUACUGUAACUCAAAUGAAUCUACAUCAUUAGCUUUGUUAUUGAUCUAUGCAAUAGUAUUGUCACGAGUCACACCACAUUUUAUUACAAAUAUGUCAGUGUUAUAUUCUUUUUGUCACUUUUCAGAAGCUUUAUGUCACCAAUCUUGUCACGUUUAUUCAUUUUUAUCUAUUUUGAAUAAAAUAUUCUGUUUGACUACCA